AUGGCUUCAGUGCGCGCAUGGAGGAAAGAUGGGCAAUAUCCUGAAUAUAAUACUGGAUAUAAUGUACCUUCGACUUCUGUCAGCUCUGAGACAAUUGAAAGUGAAAAUGAAGGAGAAGACCAAAUUUUGCAUGGGGAGAGUGCUAUCUGUUCAUCUCACUUGCAGCCAGACUAUAAUUAUCUUUGUAAUGAUACACCAGUUACCUUAGCGCCUUGCAGCUCAAGAAGACUCACCAUUACUAGGCUUUGUAGCCAGGUAGAUUGUCUCAGCCCUACCUCAGACAACAGUCGUAGAGUAGGCUGUAGGCGAGCCAGUCAAAAUUCAAGCUAUUCACACACGCCAUCUGAAGAGAUACUUGAUGAAAGCUCAUCUGGGUCGGAGUAUGCGUCUGAGAUCGGUUCCUCAUCUGCAGCAUCCGAUCGGGGUUCUGCAGAGCGUUGGGCUGAAUAUAUGGAGGUGGCGACAAUGUCGAAUAAAUUCUUCGCUGAAACAACUUGCCUACCCGAACAUUUUUUGUCUAAGUCACCUCAGCACAUAAGAUCCUAUGAUGAGACCUCUUAUAUUACAUCAAUGAAUGUUGAUAUGCCGUUGAGAAUUGAGAAGGGCAUUGAAACACCUCUUGCGCAGACGUCAGAUAGCGGUUAUCAAUACUUUAAAAGUGGUAAACGAAUUUACAUAGGAGACUUACAGCCAACUGAAGCAGCAGGUCCUCUCUCUGUGGUCUACUUUGAAGUGAGCAGUUCAAAAGUUCGGGAGGUUCUGACCGGAUAUGAACAAACUUCAAUUCCAUCUGGAGUG